UGAGUAGGAUGAGUAGGAUCGACGAGUUUGCUCCCGUUAACGGUCGAUUCCGGUCCGGGUAUUUUCAAGGCAUUGCGUCACGUUGAUGAAUUUGAAGAGAUACUACCGAGAGGCGCAUCCGUCCGCUUAUGAUAAACAAAUCUGCGGCAGGCACUUGAUUGAAUAUGCGCAAGAAAGACCGGUGACGGUUGGUUUAUAGACGCGGUAUAUUAAAGAAAACACCGAAGUGGAUUACCUCAGCGCGCGCGCGUGUGUGUGUGUGAGUGUACACGGUUAUACUCCGGUGGGCCAAACGUUUUGCGCAUGGCGUCGGUGGUCUGUGAUAUAAACCCGAUUCGCGCGGCUCGGGAUGAUCGGUGAGGCUCAUGCACGCGCUCUUCCGUUCGAUCUCCGCGCCCUCCCGCGGUGUGACAGAGAGACACGGUACCGUCGGUCCUGAGAUCAUGGCGGGUCCCGCAUUCACUGGAGCGCACGGGACCUGGAUCACAUCUCGGUUACGGGAGGACACGUCAUCUUCUUCGUCGUUAUCAUCGUCAUCGUCCGCAGAGAAACCGCGCAAACGGAGAGCUUUUAACCUGGUCAGACUGCGGCAGCCCGCCGCCCCCGGUAACAACAACACACCGUUUGUGAUCUCCGGUCAUAUCAAGCACAUCUGCAGUAACUGCAGCCGCGGGAAUGACAUCCGGGACGCAGAGGGGGCGGAGCGUCUGGCGGCGAUGCGCUCUGAUUCGCUGGUUCCCGGGACGCACACGCCUCCGAUCCGCAGACGCAGCAAACUGGCCAGUCUGGGACGACUCUUCAAACCGUGGAAAUGGAGAAAGAAGAAGAGCGACACGUUCAAGCAGACGUCCGCAGUGCUGGAGAGGAAGAUGUCGACGCGUCAGAGCAGAGAAGAGCUCAUCAAGAGAGGCGUGCUGAAGGAAGUGUAUGAGAAAGUAGAGGAGGUCAGCGUUGACGGCGGCCGUGUGUGUGUGAGUGAGCUGGACAGACAGACGGUCAUCAGUCCAGCAUCAGAGUCUGCAGACGCCAGCAUCACAGCCACAGUGUCGUUCUCCGAGGUCCAGUCGUGUGGUGAAACCGUGGCGUGUCUCUCGGAUCUCGUCCCUAAGCCAUCUCAAGCCCCGCCCCCUGUGAAGCCCGUGCCGUUGCCUAGCAACAGCGCUGACAUCACUCACAUGAGGCCGUCGUCACUGAGACAGCCUCCUGCCUUACCACCGAAGCCAUACAGCAGAAUACCCAACCAUCUGACAGAGACACUGGCUCGACUGUCGCCGCCCCUCCCUCCAAAGAAAGUGAUGAUAUGUGAGCCGGCGCCCUCGUUUCCCCUCAAAUGCCUGCCGUCCCAGGGCUCACACGCACACACACACACGCUCACACACCUGCACCCGCAUCAGUACGCCACGCUCCCGCUGUCACUGCACCCACCCAGCCGCAUCAUAGAGGAGCUCAAUAAAACCCUCGCAUUCACCAUGCAGAGACUCGAGAGCUCUGUACUGCAGGCCGUGCCAUCUGUCCUGAUGGAGACGGAAGAGGAGAAGGAGAACAGAGAUUCAAUGCACCAAACUCCUGCCAACACACACACACUCAUCACACACACCUUCAGCAUGCACGAGGAAGAGGACGAGGAAGAUGAGGAUGAUGACGACUCGCUGUUUACAAGUACACUCGCUUUAAGAAUCUUACGGAAAGAUUCGCUGGCGAUCAAACUGAGCAAUCGGCCGUCGAAGAGAGAACUGGAGGAUAAAAACAUCCUACCCAUGAUGAGUGACCAGGAGCGGAUAGAGUCCAGACAACAGAUCGGCACCAAACUCACACGUCGUCUGAGCCAGAGGCCGUCAGCAGAAGAGCUGGAGCAGAGGAACAUCCUCAAACGUACGUCUCACACACUGCAGUAUGAGUUUCAUGAGGAAAGCAUGAUGUCUGAGUGUCUGAUUCUCUCUCGUUCAGCGCGGAACGAGCAGGAGGAGCUGGAGGAGAAGCGUGAGCUGAAGAAACGGCUCUCCAGGAAGCUGAGUCAGAGGCCCACCGUGGAGGAGCUCCGAGAGGCCAAGAUCCUCAUCCGCUUCAGUGAUUACGUGGAGGUGGCAGAAGCUCAGGACUACGACCGGCGCGCGGACAAACCCUGGACCAGACUCACUGCUGCUGAUAAGGCCGCCAUACGCAAAGAGCUCAACGAGUUCAAAAGCUCAGAGAUGGAGGUGCACGAGUCCAGUCGACAUCUAACCAGGUUUCACCGGCCCUAGGGUCCAUCAGUGAACUCUGUCUCUGGUUCAGAGGCGUUCUUCUUUAAUGAACACUGAACAGACUUUUGAUCAGGAAUCACACGCAGAUCCUCUGGACUCUUCACCGGCGGCGUGUGGACACGGACGAGCUGAAGAUCUGUCUGUCGGCGGAUAUUUCUGUAUAUUUGGACAAAAACUCCGAUCUAUUACGUGCUCUUCGCCAUUAAUUUCUCUUGCUGUUGUUAUUUUUUUUCUUUUUCUGGCAAUGGUUUUUAAUGCAGCAGACGAUGUAGUGGAUUUUCUACUUGGAGCUGAGAAGUUAUUCCAGUCCUUUAUGUUUUCAAAAAUGGAGAAGACAAGGGAAAAUACUUUUUCUAAUUAGUGCAAAACACGUUAUUACACACUAAAAUCUUUAAAGGAGCGGUUCGUCAAAAAAACUAACAUUUGCUGAACAUUUCCUCGCCCUCAGAGCAUCCAAGAUUAGGAUGAGUUUGUUUCUUCGUCAGAUUUGGAGAAAUUCCGUCCCUUGUUCACUGCAAGUGAAUGGGUGCCGUCAGAAUGAGAGUCUAAACAGCCGAUAAAAACAUCACAAUAAUCUAUAGCACUCCACAUGCUGAAACAAAUCCAGCUUUGAGCUGUUUUUAACUCAAAUAUGAGUCCAUAAUCCAUAAUAACACUUCCUCCAGUGAAAAAGUGGUCUGGUCUGAAUCAGGAGAGAAAUCUGCACAGAUCAAGCACCGUUUAAACCGCUCUAAACAAGUAUUCAAUGGACUUUUUCACUGGAAUAAGUGUUAGUGAGGUUGACUGGAGUGGUGUGGAUUAUUGUGAUUUUUUUAAUCAGCUGUUUGGACUCUCAUUCUGACGGCACCCAUUCACUUUCAGUGAACAAGUGAUUCAAUUUCUCCAAAUCUGAUGAAGAAACAAACUCAUCCUAAUCUUGGAUGCUAUGAGGGAGAGAAAAUGUUCAGUUGUGGCUGAACUAUUCCUUUAAUUCCAUAUUUCCAGUUUAAUUUGAGCUUGUAUGCAUCUGCCAGACACUUUUAUCCAUUGCGUUGAUAUAUUUAUUUUUAUUCUUUUGGGAAUCAAACCCAUGAUGUUGGCUGUUUGUGCAGUUUUAAGUCCUAAAACCCAUGAACAUCUUUAACCAAUAACAAAAAAGCAAUGUUUGACACGCCCACACUGCUGACCAAUCACAGGAGGCGAUCUUGAUUCACGGUUGAGUGACAGAUCAGAGCAAUAAUGUGUUAAAGCGUGAUUGGUUCACGAGUCCUGUUGAGUGUUUUCAAACCAGGUUCUAGUUCCUCCUCCGUCUCAUUGGUGCUCGGCAGGUCAUGUGAUCGAACCUUUAAACUCCGCCCACUUUUCAGGGCACCACGUUGUUUAAAACAAAACCAAAACAGUCAAGCGACUCACAAUAAUCCGUUGCAUUAAUUUUCUUUUUGUAUUUUAUUCAGUGAUCAUACAGGAAUAGUUACAGUAACAUUUACAGUGAGGUCACAUUUGUUUACAUUAAUGUGUGAGCUAAUAUGGAUUAUUUUUUACAAUAUUUAUUGUUAGCUAAUAAUAUUUUUUUCAUGUUCGUGCACAGUGCAUUAUUUAUUGUGAACAAAUGCAAUGUUUAAUUUAAAAAAUGUAUUAGUAAAUCUUAAAAUUAACAUUGGAAGUGUACAGAUCAACAGGUAAUUAUUUUAUAAUUUUUAUUAUUAUUAUUAUUACAUUUUUGUUUUUAAAUUAGGGGAAAUUAAUUAUUUUAAUUAUAUUUAAUAAUAAACAACUUUUCAUUUAAAAAUGUCUAUUAAUUGUUGAAAUUAACAUUGUAAGUACAAAGAAUUAUUACAAUAAUAAUAGUAAUAAUAUUCAACAGGUAAUUAUUUUAUAAUUUUUAUUAUUAUUAUUAUUACGUUGUUUUUUUAAAUUAGGGGAAAUUAAUUAUUUUAAUUAUAUUAAUAAACAACAUUUAAUUUAAAAAUGUCUAUUGUUGAAAUUAACAUUGUAAGUGCAAAGAAUUAUUACAAUAAUAAUAGUAAUAAUAUUAACAAUGUUAACAAAUACAAGUUAUACGAAAAUUAUUCAAAAUAAAAAAAAAAGUAAAAUCACAAUUACAAUAUAAAUUGUAACAUUUACUGAUGCUUUAAUUUUUUUUUUUAAUUAAGUUGUAUUUAACAUUAUUUAAUGCACUGUGAAUUAACAUAAUGAUCAACUGUAUUUUUAUUAACGAACAAAUGAUCAAAUUUCACCAUAUUGUGAAGUGUUACCACUUUAAUAAUGUUUUUAUGUUAAUAUAUUAUUUAUAAAUAUUUUUAACUUACUUUGAUACUGAACACAUUGGCAGGGCAUUAAAGGACAAGUUCACCAAAACAAACACAUUUAUUCGCCCUCAUUUGUUUCAAACCUAUGUUAUUUAUUUAUUUUUUCCAGUGGGUGAUUAAAGGGAUUUUAGAGACUUUUAAGCACUUUUUCCAGAAUCAUAUGAAUCCAUGCAGGUGAGGAGCGCCACGAGGGUGUAAAGCGAACUGUCGUCAUGUUUUGGAUGAUUGCUGUGUUUUCUGUUUCCAGUCGUUAGGUUCCUCUCUUCCGCUGCUGCUAUUGGCUCCGAGAGCGCAGGAAGAGAGCAGCAUGUCACUCCUGAAUGAUGAAUGCAGAUUCUCAUGUAAAACAACCUAAUAAAAGACCGACCACACACA